CAUGAGUGGAAAAUUGAAAUCGCGGCUAAAGCUGCCUUGAUUCUCCUGCCUUCUUCGCUGUUUGGAUAUUUACCGUACACAGUUUUGAGGGAAAUGGUGAAUGGUAGAAAGGUGAUGGAAACCGAUGGCAAUAAGCCACAUUCCCAUAAGAAGGAUCACUUGGGGAAUGCAGAUGAUCCUAGGAAAGACAAGUCUGCAGAGGAAAUUGGGUUUGUUAACCACGCUGAAAUUGAUUGGCAUGAGAGAAGGAAGCAGUGGGUUGGUGAAUCUUCUCAACGGUCAAAAAGAAUGCCCAGAGAACAAAUUAUGAGUUGGACAACGACAUAUGAAGACUUGCUAUGCUCUCAAGAACCUUUCCAACAGCCAAUACCUUUGGCUGAGAUGGUGGACUUCUUGGUUGACAUAUGGCUUGAAGAAGGGCUCUACGACUAAACGCAAAAGGAUGACUCCUAAAGAGGUUUAUGGAUAAUAAUCAUACAAACUUCUAAUGAGGAAGACUACUAUAACCGUGACAUGUGAGAGAAAGAAAGCUAAGGACAAAGAAGGAAAGCAUUGAACU